AUGUUGGUUUCACAGACACAGAAGAUCACUUUGCUCUCUUGUCUCAUCCUCUCCAUGGCUCUGUUUUUGCCCAAACUGUUUUUAUCUGCAAGAAAGGAGAAGGUGGUUCUUCAAUUAGAAGCAGGUGGUCGUGGAAGUCUUCCUGCUGUGAGACCUGGGUAUGGUCCAACACCAAGAGAGGAUAAAGAUGAUGAUGUUAAUGUGUGGACUCCUGAAUCACUUUCUAGAACAACUUCAAUCCCUGAGAGCUUUUGGCAGAAGAAAACUUUUCAGAAAUCUCCGCUCCUCAGUCAAGUCACUCCUAUUUACGGCUUUGGAAUUUUCCUUUAUAUCAUUUAUAUAUUCUAUAAGCUUACACAUAAAGAACAAUCUACAAAACAAAAGUGUAGAUUCACCAUCAUGAUGGCCGAGCGCAUGGAAACACCAGAAACAACUGAGGAUGAGAUGGCACAGCUACAGAGCACAUUAAAACUGAUGGAAGGACAAGCAGAGAGAAGAAGGUCAAGAUCUGUUCUGACUCCUGCAAGUCACAGGCAUUGUAAGUACAGAAUUGGACAUAAGAAGAGAAAACUCCAGCACCUAAGGAAGAUCUCAAACGUGUUGUUGGAAAGACGAAUGCUGGAAGAUGUUACGCCUGAGGAGGAAGCUGAGGAAACCCCAUAUUAUGUAGACUGGGAGGGUUAUCCUAAAGAAACCUUUCCUCAGUAUGAGGUGCAGCUUCGCAGACGCUAUCCAAGUGUCAUCUUGGAGGAGCCAUAUGGAGAUGUUUCUACACCCGAGGAACUGGCUGAAAGAAUAGAAAGCGAAGAAGAGGAGGACAAAAGGAAUGAAGAGACUGAAAAAGUGAAAGAUGAGUUUAGUGAAAAUCAAGAUGAUCCUAAAAAGAUUAAAGGUGAUGGUGUACUCGAAAAAGGAGAAGAAACAGAAGAUAAUAAAGAUGGUGCUGAUGAAGAUCAUCAACAGGAUGAAGAAGAAAAGGAGGAAGUUAGUGAAGAUCAACCUUGUCUGGCUUAUGACUCUACAGAUGAACAGGAGACACCAAAUUCACCAGGACAACAGACCAGUAGGAGGAGACAGAUUUCUUUUAGUAUUCAGAGGCAGUUUUUUUACUGUUCCAAAACAGGUUCUGUCAGAUGCAGCUAUGGAGAUGUGGAUGACGAUGACUAUGAUGAUGAUGACUAUGAUGAUGAUGAUAAUAAGCUGGAUGAAGAUGAUCUGAAGAACACGGAGAGGGAGGAGGAGCUGCAGAAGAAAAAAGAUAAGGCUGUACAAAGGGAAAGUGAGAAGGAGAAUGAGAUGAAGCUGGAGGAGGAGAUGGAGAUGGGGAUAGAGGAAGAGAUGGAGAGGGAGGAAAUGGAGGAGGAUGACCCACUGAUGGAAGCCGAGCGCCUGGAUUUCAGCAAUCAGCUCAUCUGGGAUCCAGAAGUAGAGGAACUUGAUCUGAUUGACUUCCUUUUAAAAUAUAAACCUGAACCUGGGGUGAACUCUGAGCAAUCAGGAGCAGCCGAAGCCACAGGACUCAUGAUGCGCUACAAGAACCAGAAAAAGGAAAACUGACCUGAUCUUCUAAAAACCCACACAGAAUCCAUCAGUAUUUAUGGAAAUCUGACCAUCAGAGAACCAUGGGUAUUUUCUCAGUGUGUGUUACUGCAGUACCUACAGAUUAGUGUAAUUUAUACAGUAAACAUGCCUUUAGAACUGUAUUGUUUUUGUUUGUUUGUCUGUUUUCAUUUCACUGUAAUUAUGUUAGAAUUAUAUUAUACUGGGUAAGAAAAUAUGGACUAUAAGUGAUAAUGUGGCAGAUGAGAGAUGACAAAAGCUUGAUAAUGAAAGACACAGUGGUGUUAUUAUGAAAUAAAGUGAGAGUGAUUACUGAGAAGUACUGAAUCUAAUGGGUAAUGUAGUUUUUGGACUUUUGGACUUUUGGACAAUAGCAAAUAUGUUAAUUAAAAACUCUCACCUGUGUCUUAUUUCAUUAUAACACCACUAUGUCAUAAUAACACCACUAUGUCACAAAGUGUGACACAGACACAAGAUGGAUGUGAGACAAGCAUGAGACAGAUGUGAGACAGACACAAAAUGGAUGCAAGAUGAACAUAAGACAGAUGUGAACGGAAGGUAAGAGAGAUAUGACACAAAAACAAGACAGAUGUGAGACAGAUUUGGCAGGUGCAAAACAUAUGCAAGACAAUGUGAUACAGACUAUAAAUGAUCAAAUCAAGACAUGAGACAGAAGUGAGAGUGUUCAGUAAGACAUGUGACUUGCUGGGGCUGAUGGGUAAUGUAGUUCUGAGCCCUAUGGUGCUACCCUAAAAAUAGCAAAUAAAUAAAUAAAAUGUUUGUUCAGAUGUUUGUUUA